UAGCUAAGUUGGCAACAGUGACUCUACCGCUGACGUGUUUCCAGCAACACAAAAACACGAAUCAGUUUCGCUCACACAACAUAAUUUCGUAUAUUUAACUGGCGAUGUAUGUGAGCGAACUUAACGAAUUAUAAAAUAAUAAUUACUUAAAUAAAGCUAAAAACGUAUUGAAUGAAAGUUGGCAAUCGCAGGAGAAGCAACGACGGAGAUAGCGGUUAAACCAUCACUGGGGGAGUAGCGGCAGCGGCAACGGCAACAACAAACCAAGUUGAAAGAGAGCCGCCGCAUUAAACUGUAGCCGUGGCCACAGUUACAGUUGCAACAGUAACAGCAACAAACGCACACACAUCGAGUCCGUCACACUUUGAAGCUGUCCAAGUGUCAGAGCCGUAAACACAGACGUAAACAUGGCGUUGCUGACGAUGAUUGCCCGUGUUAUUGAUGGCCUGCCCUUGGUUGGCACAAUGCAGGACGAUGAACAGAGCGGUCGCAGUAUCUUGGACUAUCAAAAUCAGGCGAAAAUGUUGUUUCGAAAGCUAGGCACACAUUCGCCGGCAAGGAGCAGCAUUGAGACAGGACCAUAUCUAUUCCACUAUCUAAUCGAGAAUGAUGUUUGCUAUUUGGUAAUGGUUGAUAAAAUGUAUUCAAAACGUUUGGCAUUCAAUUAUCUGGAGGAUCUGGCACAGGAGUUUCAUACCAACUACGGAAGGCGUGUGAAUUCGGUGACACGCCCCUAUGCCUUCAUUGAAUUCGAUGUCUACAUACAAAAGGCGAAAAAGCAAUUGACUGAUCGCAGACGCAACAUCAGCAACAUCAACACACAACUGCAGGAUGUGCAACGCAUCAUGGUACAGAAUAUCGAUGAUGUGCUGCAACGUGGCACGGUCUUAGCGGAGUUGGAUACAAAAACGCAAAACCUCUCGAUGAUGUCCCAAAAGUAUAAAAAGGAUGCCAAAUUACUGAAUCGCAAAUCGAUGUAUGUGAAAGCGGCGGCUGUGGGCACCAUAUUUCUAGUGUUAAUACUAUACUUUUGGGUUUUGUAAUAUAUAUACAUGUACAUGUGUGUAUAUGCAUAUGUAUAUAUAUCUAGAUAUAUAUGUGUGUAUGUUUAGGUUGUUAAUUGUAAUUGGCGUUGUUGCUGGUUGAAUGAUGAUAUGCUGUGGUUGUUGUCGUUGUCGUUGUUACUGCCCCGAACGUCAUAGACAUUAAGUGCAGAGCAGAGACCAGAGCGGCACUAAGUCUGCCGCUCAUUAUAAAGGCCAAAAGACAUUUAAAUAUUUUAUAAAGUAAAUUGUAUAACAACAGCUACAACAACAACAAGUACAACAACAAUAGCAGCAGCAACAGCUAGUUAAUAACAAACACUAAAUUCGGGGCAAGCAAUUUUUGAUGUGCGCCACGCUUGCUUUCAUUUAACUUGAGUUUUGGGUUUUAAUUUCAUUUACACACAAGUACACACACACACACAUAGACAGAGAGAUAUUAGAUACAACGACAAAGCCAAUUCCAGAAACCAGCGAGAAUUUUGAUAGAGCACACAUACCCACAGUCCCAUUGACUUUUUGUUUAUGCAUUUAUUUUGUUGUUCUUCGAUUCGAUUUGAUUUGAUAAAAUUAAUUGCAGCCUUAGUUUGAUACUUAUGUUGUCCCAAGCGAAUUGAAAUUUGUAAAUUAUGAAAAAUCCAAGCAAAUGUGUGUAUAAAUAGAUUGUAUAUGAUAUGAUAUGCUGAUCAUGAUAAUGACUAAUGAUGGAUGCUAUGUAACAUCAAUAAAAUACAAUUUUAGGCAAUUUAUUAUAAAUUAUUAAGAAAUUAAAUCAAUUUACAUUGUUUAAAUAAAAUAUGGCAUAUUAUUGAUUGUCUUAUUAGUCCCGAGGCUUAACAAUGAAAUGUUUUGAUUAUACUUUUACACUCGUCGUAUAUUGUUCCCAUUCCAACCCAUUAAAAAUGCAUUAGAUA